UGUAGUAAAAAAUCAGGUAAAAAAAAAAAGACGAUGAUUAAAAAUGAAGGUAAAAUAAUUCAGGUGAUAAAAAUUCAGGUCAUGGAAAUUCAGGUCGUGAAAUUUCAGGUAGUGAAAAUUCAAGGAAACAUCCGGGGUACUCGGGAAGAGCAAACAAGCGCAGAUGUAAUCGAACGUGCACCUGGCCAAUAACAAAACACCUCUAAGGUCAUAGGGAGGGGCGUCUUUGAUCACGGAGUGUAUAUAUGCUGAUGGAGGAGCACAUGGAGAGCUAUGGCUGAGGAGCAGAUCAACCGAGCCUUUCCAAUACAAUAUUGUAAUAUUUGGUGGUAUCGAUGGCUUUUCAAGGAAGAUUAUGUAUCUCGAUGCCGCUGCAAACAACAGGGCUUCUACAGCAUAUGCAUUCUUCUUAGAUGGUGUGAGGAAGUUCGGAUGGCCUUACAAAGUGAGAUCAGAUCAGGGCGUGGAGAACGUGGACAUUGCUCAGGCGAUGUUUACUGUACGAGGAACCGGGUGUCGAAGCUUUAUAUCUGGCAAAAGUGUCCACAAUCAGAGAAUAGAACGCCUGUGGCGUGAUGUGUGGUUAGCCGUCACGCAACUGUACUAUGGUGUUCUUCACGAUCUGGAAGAAGAUGGCCUUCUUGACAUCACCAACAGCUUGCACCUCUACUGUGUUCACUACACAUUUCUGCCACGACUGAAAGAUGAUCUGUCCAGGUUUACACACGGCUGGGAUAACCAUCCAAUCCGAACUGAACAAAACAUGACACCAAAUCAGCUGUGGCACCUUGGCCUCAUGCAGAAUCCAGUCAGAGAACCAGAAAUGUCAGAGGGAAUUCAGAUUGAUGCCAUUGACUGGGAAGAUUCCGGAUUGACUGUACAAGAACCAAACCAAGGCAUCGUCCUGCCAGACUUAGACUGUCCACUGGAUCCUGAGAGCUUUGAGCUGCUUAGGUUAGCUGUACAACCAACUGCCUCAUCGGAUAGCUUUGGCCGUGAUAUCUAUCUGAUGUGUAUAAGUCACGCUUUUUAUCUGUUGGAGACCCGUUAGGUCUAGAAUUAAGGCAUCCCAAUCCUGCUUCUGGACCUAUAGCGCUGCACAUUUCAACUUUCAACCAGAAAACUGAUGUACAGGGUCCGGCAUAUUUACGGGCUUGUGAAUGAGCUCUUUCUGCUGAACUUUUUUUUUUUUUUAAAGGACCAUGCUGCUUUGUCACCAUUUCUGAUGAAUGGAAAUUUAAGAAUCUCAUGUUAAUUUCUUUGUAAACAAAAAAAAUUCAUGUCCUACAUUGUCCACAGUGAAGUAAAAUAAAUAUUACUUUUGUUCUCUCUAUGUGGCAGCUUGGUAUGGAUGGAUUUCAAUGUAAAUUUACAAUGAAGACAGUCACAGAAUUGCACCACAACAGAUAUGUACAACCCCUGGCAAAAAUUAUGGAAUCACCACUCUUGGAAGAUGUUCUUUCAAUUGUUUAAUUUUGUAGAAAAAAAAUAAAUCACAGACAUGCCACAAAACUAUCAUUUCUCAAACUGUCAACCCU